AUGGAAGAUGCCGAUGAAGUGAGGAUUCUUCUAGUGGGUGAAACUGGAUCAGGAAAGAGUGCAUCAGGAAACACCAUCCUGAAUAAAAAAGUCUUUUUGGAUAAUUGCUCCUUUCAAUGUGAUAUGACGGACAGUCAGAGACGCGUCCGAAUUUUGGGAGAAAAGACAAUAUUUGUGAUUGACACACCAGGCAUUCAGACUGACGCCGUGUUUCGUAAAGAACUUAAAAAUGCCAUCACGAAUGGCAUAGGUCUUUGUAAUCCCGGCCCACAUGUGAUUCUGCUGGUCAUCAGGCUCGGUGUGAGAUUCGGGGACAAGGAAGCCAAAGUCGUGGAGUGGUUUCAAAGGAGCUUUGGAACAGAAAUUCUUGACUACACCAUGGUGCUGUUCACUUACGGAGAUCUGCUAACUGAAAAUAUAGAAGACCAUGUGAAUGGUUGUCCGAAGUUGAAGGAUGUAGUUAGUCAGUGUGAUGGGAGGUACCAUGUUUUUAACAACAAGCAGGAAAAUGAGGACCAGGUCACAGAGCUUCUAAAUAAGAUAGAUGAACUGAAGCAGAGGAAUAAAAACAGUCUCUCAUCACAGACUCAUCAGCACGUCCUCGUCCUCUUUCUUUAG